AUGUCUCCGCCACCUGUGCUGCUUGGGCCAACUAUGGCCCUGGCCCCCGAGACGCCUUGCCGUAUGCGGCCUGUGAGCUUUGAAGACAAGCAGACGCCGCCGCCCCUGCCCUUCGAGAUGCAGGGCAAUUCCGAUGGUUUCCACCAGUUCCAGAUUGGUCAGCUUGGCGUGGUCAGCGAAGAGUCGGGCGCGUCUGCAGCCCCAGAGUUCAAUCCUGGUGGAUAUCAUUAA